AUGGCUCGAGGGCACCCCAUCACCUCCAAGAUUCCCGCCUCCAACUCUGCUCGUCUUCCUUCCAACAUCCCCCUUCGCACGUUGCCCGCCGCCCACGACGACCACCACCGCCGAGAGCAGGCAUCCCGGCUUCUACCCUCCUCGCAGCACGGACGGGGGCAUCCCAUUGACGAACCGGGCUCUUCAUCCGAGUCGGACGAUAAUAACGACAAGGGCCACCACGAAGGCGACGACGACGACGACGAUUACUCCAGUUCGUGGACCGACACCGGGGACAUCGCCGAGCAGCUUGCCGACGAAGACCCGCUGCGCCAGCGAGUGAACGACGACGGUGACUCUUCCCUCGCGGGCGCUUUCAAGAAGAACAGUAACAAAAAGAACAAGAAGGUCCGCUACCGCGAGCCGGUGUCAUCGUCUGGAAGCAGCCGGUCGACAUCACGCCACGCCGGCGUCAUCGACAAGGAGGCCAUCCAGGUCCCGACUAUCGGAAACCGCAGAGCAUCGCGGGCUGAGCGCCUGCUAGCCACCAUCAUGACGGGCGGUUCCGGUUCCAUCCACGGCCUGACGGGCAAGCCGUUGCUGUACUUUACGUCGAUUUUUGUAUCAUUAGGCGUUUUUCUUUUCGGAUAUGACCAGGGUGUCAUGUCCGGUAUCAUCAUUGGCGAUUAUUUCAGAAAAUAUUUCCAUGACCCGUCCCCCGUGGAGAUCGCGACCAUGGUCGCGAUCCUCGAGGUCGGCGCUUUCAUCUCAUCCCUAAUGGUCGGGCGGAUCGGCGAUAUCAUCGGCCGCCGCAAGACUAUCUUCUACGGUUCCUGCGUCUUUUUCAUCGGCGGUGCCCUGCAGAGCUUCGCCAAUGGCAUGGCUAUGAUGAUGGUCGGCCGUGUCCUGGCCGGUCUCGGCGUUGGUAUGCUGUCCACCAUCGUGCCUGUCUACCAGUCCGAGAUCUCGCCGCCGCACAACCGUGGUCAGCUCGCCUGCAUCGAGUUCACCGGCAACAUCAUUGGCUACGCGACCUCGGUCUGGGUCGACUACUUUUGCAUGUUCAUCAAGAGCGACUUGUCCUGGCGUCUGCCUUUGCUGAUGCAGUGCGUCAUGGGUGGCCUGCUUGGCCUGGGCAGCUUGAUCAUUGUGGAAUCCCCCAGGUGGCUUCUGGACAACGACCACGACGAGGAAGGCAUUGUGGUCAUUGCCAACCUCUACGGAGGUGGUGACAUCCACAACCCCCGCGCCCGCGACGAAUUCCGCGACAUCAAGAUGAACGUCCUCCUGCAGCGCCAGGAAGGCGAGCGCACCUACAGCGACAUGUUCAAGCGCUACAGCCGUCGUGUCUUCAUCGCCAUGUCCGCCCAGGCAUUGGCCCAGCUCAACGGCAUCAACGUCAUCUCGUACUAUGCCCCAUACCUCUUUGAACGCGCAGGCUGGGUCGGCCAGGCGGCCGUGCUCAUGGCUGGGAUUAACGGUCUCACCUAUGUCCUGUCCACCAUCCCGCCGUGGUACAUCGUCGACCGAUGGGGCCGCCGGCCGAUCCUGCUGUCGGGCGCCAUCGCCAUGACUGUGUCGCUCUCGCUCAUUGCCUAUGUCCAAUACCUCGACAUCCCCGCCACCCCGAAGCUGGUUGUGCUCCUCGUGGUUAUCUACAACGCUGCGUUCGGGUACUCGUGGGGCCCUAUCCCCUGGCUCUACCCCCCGGAGAUCCUGCCGCUCAAGAUCCGCUCCAAGGGUGCCAGUUUGUCGACCGCGACCAACUGGGCUUUCAACUGGUUGGUGGGCGAGAUGACCCCGAUUCUGCAGGAGCUUAUCCACUGGCGGUUGUAUCUCGUGCACGCCUUCUUUUGCGCUCUCAGCUUUGUCGUCGUCUACUUCCUCUACCCCGAAACCUGCGGCGUCCGCCUCGAAGACAUGGACGCCCUCUUCGGCGACUCCACCCGCGCCCUCGGCACUCCAGCCUCAGGCACCACCCCAGCCCUCCACGCCGAAUCCGACGCCCUGCUGCGUCCCAGCUCGCCCAUCCCUGCGCUCGACGGCAGCAGCAGCAUCGGUGGCAUUCCCGGCAGCCCUGCUGAGCAGCGCCGGGCUGCCGCGGCUGCUGCGAUCCCGGGCUUGGAUAUUGACCCGCCUGAGGAUGUGGAGGCUGUGAGUAAGCCGAGGAAUGGGAAUGGUGGUGCUGGGGGACGGGGAGGGAUUGGGGGGUGGUUUUCGAGGAUUAUUGGGCGCGGUGGGAAUGGAGAGGGGAAUAGUGGGGGGGCGUAUGCGCCGGUCAGGCAGGGCGAUGAAUAA